UCGUCCGUAGAGUGGAGCAGGUGGGCGUUCCCCUGCGCAACUGCAACUCAGCGCAGUCACUUUUUACAGAUAUUUACGGCUCGUUCUCGACGUUUUAGUGAAAUGCUGCAGCUGAAUGACAGCAUAGACCCUGAGAGCCCGGGUGCGGCUGUUUUACACCCGGCGGACUGUGAUGAUGGGCUGGAUUUGGCCCGAGCUGGAGCUUCGGUGGCCUGCUGUACUCCGCUACAGACCCUCACGCCUUUCCAUGUCCACAACCCGACCAUGCGAGCCAAAGUCAAGGAUUAUUUCGUCUUUAGGCCAGGAACGAUAGAGCAGGCGGUCAAUGAUAUCCGCACGGUCGCCUUGCCUUCAGAAGAUGGAGAAGUUCUUAGCGUGUGGCUGCUAGCAGAAAUUGAUCACUGGAACAAUGAAAAAGAGAGACUGGUACUUAUAACUGAGAGGUCUUUGCUGGUGUGCAAAUAUGACUUCAUAAACCUCCAGUGUCAGCAGGUCAUCAGAAUUUCCCUGAGCGCUGUGGACACGAUCUCAGUCGGCGAGUUUGAGUUCCCCCCAAAAUCCCUCAACAAGAGAGAGGGAACCGGGAUCCGUGUCCAGUGGGAUAAGCAACCAAGACCUUCGUUCAUAAAUCGCUGGAACCCCUGGUCCACUGACAUACCCUACGCCACCUUCACCAAACACCCCAUGGCACACGCCGAUGAAAAGGUGGCCUCCCUCUGCCAGCUUGAGAAUUUCAAGACGCAGCUUGUCCAGGCUGUGAAAAAAGCCCAUAAAGACUUCCCCAUCCCGGGACGAGCCAAUGGCGUGCUGAUACUGGAGCGGCCGCUCCUGAUCGAGACUUACCUGGGCAUCAUGUCCUUCAUCAACAAUGAAGCCAAACUGGGCUACGCCAUGACAAGGGGAAAAAUCGGCUUUUAACUCCUGAAUUCUCCCUCCAUCUCUCUCAUCCGCCAGUCAAGUGCUGUUUUUGAGUGAUACUGCUACACUUGAGUAUGCUACUUGUUUUGUUGUUUGGAUAGCGUGUGAAAUGUGCCAGGCAGUGAGACACUGCAACAGGAUGUGCCUGGAUGAAGCCCUCUUCCUCUAUUCACGUGUAGUAAAACAAAAAGCCUUUCUAAUGCGGUUGAAUGGUUUGAAGAAGCAGUUUGUUUGUGUUACUGGCAUGCUUUAUUGUCCAUUGAAUAUUUUUAACAAAAAUUGUGGCAGUCGACUAGUUUGUAGGUUGACUGAAUGACUUAAGGAAGCCCUUUUCAGAUGGCUUAGGGUUUACCUGACCCUGCUCUGCUGAUUUUCUUAGGGGCCGCUCACACAGAAUGUGUCUAAAAACGCGAGACGCAGCGCUCAGGAAUGGUUUUUUAAAAAGUGCAGUGCCGAAUGCCUCCUCUGCCAUGUUGCCGUCAAAUAUAACACGCCAGCUUGCUACCGUAAACAAAAGCUUGCAACGCUUGCUCCGCCUCCAGUGUCUUCUGAUUGGUCCACUCUUUGGAGCUUUCAUUGACGAGCUGCGCUGCAUGUUAAAGUUGAAAUUCUUUUAGUCUUAAAAUCGUGGAGCUCAUGUGCGAGACACUGCAAAAGAUGUGAUUCGCGAGGGCAACGAUCAUAGAAAAAAACAAUAGAAAGGUAGUGCACUGGAAUGGAAAAAUGCAUACUGUGUGAACGGCCUUUAGUGGAACAAAACACAGGCGUUUCGAGAGACAUUUUUUAAAGUUUAACUGUUUUGUAACCUGAAUGCAAAAACUUAACAACUCAAUACUCAUGGCAGGAUGCUCAAACAAGCAAAUAAACAAACAAACAAAUAAAUAAAUGCACAAGAAGCAUCGCAACGACCGUAGACAUCCGUUUGUGUAUGGCUGUAGCCACAGAGCUUUAACGGGAUUGAUUUUUUUUUUUUUUUUAAAAAGCUUCCAUUUUACCACGUCAACAUCAAACAGCUAAAGAAUAGGUUGUUCAGUCCUGAAAUGGGGAGAUUUGUCUGCUAGAUUUAAACAAAAGUACAUGUUCAAGAUGCACUGAAUCCCAUGAAAUGCAUUUAAUGUUUGUAUAGCUAAUAAAGAAAUAUAACCUAGUCGCUACUUAAGGAAAUAAUUUUAGUACAAAAUGUGAUGUUAAUCAAUUUAGUUGCAUUCAGAACAUUUACGAUUUCUGGUAAAGUUGCGAUGAAAAUCAGGCCAGAUUUUUUAAUCUGUAUUUUGAUGUAUAUCUGAGUGUAACGUAUUAAUGAAAAAAAAAAAAAAAAGUAGGGCUUGAAUUUGGUUCUAUGCAUGGUUUGUUGAUUGUAUUUGGAGGUGUUUGCAGGGACGGGUUAAAGUGCACUAGAUGAUCGGAGAUGUCCUGCAUACGUCACCUGUUAGAAGUCUGCUGUCUCAAUGGUAGAUUUGCUAAUGACAUUUUGAUGACAAUACAAGCUUAAAAACAAUAAUAAUAAUAAUAAUAAUAAUAAUAAUAAUAAUAAACGUAUGCUUCAGAUGAUUUAUUCACAAUACAAUCUAUAACAUGCAUUUGAAAAAUAGAUUUCCAUUUCAUACCAACUUUAAAUACCAGUGGAGUUUAGAGAUUCGUCUAUUUUUAAAACGGCUUCAUUCAUGAAACGCAACCAGAACAAAUGUUUGUGAAUUUUUCACCUGAAUGUAAAUUUCCAUAUUUAAUUCAGUGUUCACAAUUGAUCGCAAAACAAAAUGCGUACAUAUAUGGUAACACUUUACAAUAAGGUUCAUUAGGAAACAUGAACGAAGAAUGAACAAUACUUCCACAGCAUUUAUUAAUCUUAGUUAAUGUUAAUUUCAGCAUUUACUAAUGCAUUUAAAAUCACAAGUUGUUUGUUAACAUUAGUUAAUGCACUGUGAACUAACAUGAAUAACCAACGAACAACUGUAUUUUUAUUAACUAACAUUAGCCAAGAUUAAUAAAUAGUGUAAUAAAUGCAUUGUUCAGUGUUUGUUCAUAUUAAUUAAUACAUUAACUAAUGUUAACAAAUGACACCUUAUUGUAAAGUGUCCCCCAUGAAUGAGGUCCAAUGUGGCUAAAAAGCUUUGAAAACUUGUCAGAGAAAAACUGCAUGCCUUCUGAACAGCACUACUAACAAAUGACAACUUAGGCUUACAUUAUAUAAAAUGUAUUCAUUUGACUCUUUACUGCAGUGAAACUCUCUGAAUAAAGUUAAUUUGGACUGAAGAUGCUAAUUAAGAUUUUGCUUUAGUACUUUGGUAUUGCUGACGUAUAUCAUCUCUAAUAAUUUUAGAUUUAUUUAGAUCUAGACCCAUGAGUCCUUUAAAUUCAUAUUCAAUACCAUCUGCUCUGUCGUCUUUGCAAAAUGUAACACUUUUGCAUAUAAAGAAAAUAAAGCUCAAUUCUAAACUUAUAUGAGGUCAAAUUGCAAUUAUCAGUGUGUGAAAUAAAUGUUACAAUGUAAUACAGAACCGUAUCGAUAGCAUUAUUUUUAGAUAUAACACUGGCUUAGGUAACACACCAAAAAAACCACAGUAUGAUAGACAGAGGACAUGUAUUCUCAAGUGCGUCCACAGGAAGCACCUGCCUGACAUGUAUUUUCACACUCUGUUCAUAUUUCAAAAUGAAUUUCAGGUCUUCUUGUGGCUGCUGUAGUGUACUACUGUUACAUGUGCUUUAUGUUUGUGUGCUUAUCCAUGAUUUAUGCCUUAUUUCUUUAACCUAAAAGACAAUGUUUAAGUCCUGCCUAAGUUACAGAAAGUUAAAUGAAGUUAAGCUUUUCUUUUUAACCAAGGCAAAUAGAUAGUGUGUGUUUGAUACUGUUAAUUCCUCAGGUGACGUUGGUCAACAGAUUGGCUUUAAAUGAACCAUUAGUUUAAGGAUGCAUGACACGGCGGGGUGUUUUGACCUUGAAGGUUGCCGCUGUUGAGCGAUUACGGGUUCUGAGAUUUUGAAGUAUUUUUUAUGCAUAUGCACUUUUGUUGGCCAGUUUUUUUUUUUUGUUGUUUGUUUGUUUUUUGCUAUGCUUAUUGUAACCUUGUUGAAAUUAUGUCCCGACCGUUUGUUUUUUAAACACAGGCAUCAUAGUGUUUUUUUUUCCUAUAUAUAUUUUUGGUUUUAAAUGUGAUGUAAAGCUGUGCAUGAUGAUUAUGCCUGCAACGUGUUAGGUGUAUAAUUUGUAAGUCAUAGCCUCGAUUCACCAAAAAGAAAAUGUAAGCACAUUUUCCUCUGCUCAAAAACAUGUGUAAUUGUUUUUCAAGUGAAAAUGAUUUGCAUAUCUAUUCAUCCAUGUUAUUAUGGUAAAAUACUGUUUCUAUUGCAUAAAUCGGAACUCUUCCAUGUUUCUGUUUAAAUUGAAUUUUAGAAAUCAUCUUUAAAAAUUGUUGCCUGAAUGUCAUCACACUGAUUUAUGUAAUAUAAACAUCACGCUUUAAGUAAAAUGGUUAUUUUAACACUUUUCAA